AUAGGUAGCAACUGUUUAGUAACCAAAGCUGGGCUGCUUGAAAAAGGUGGUUAUCGGAACGGUAGGGAUAGGUAGCAUCAUCUGAUUAGGUUUCUUUGUUGAUCUGUUUUAGAUGACGCAGAAUUAUCGGAUAUUAUGAGAGAUACCGACCGAAAAAUAGAAGAUAGUAAUUGUGAAUGCCAUCUCUCCUCUCCUUUCUACAUUUACAAAUAUCACUUCCAUUGCUAGCAGUAAAUUAUGUUGACAAGAGGAGUCGAUUGUUCAAAAUGAUUUUUUAACUGCCCUUGGUGUUAGCUCAAUUGGGUGAGGCGUUAGAAUUAGGUUAGAUUAGGAGUUCAUUCUCUCUCGAUGUAACUAAAAUAUAUAUAUAUUGUUGAACUAAUAGAAAAAGGAAUAUAAAGCUUACGUGCUUGAGGGAUAAUUUUAAAAGACCAUGCCAAACGAUGUAAAAAAAUCAUAAAAAAAUUCAAGUUUUAUCAGACGUCAAAUUCAAGUGUUCCUUACCGUCCCCAAAAUUUGUCCCCUAAACCCUAAUAAGUAACCAUAUUCACAGAAAGAAGACGAUAAGAAUCCCAUGUCCCCUAAACCCUAAUAAGUAACCAUAUUCACAGAAAGAAGACGAUAAGAAUCCCAAGACAACAAUUUCGGAACCGCCGAAGCAUUCUUCCGUUCAUAUCCUUUUCCGCCGUGAAUCACCCUACCAGCAUCCACAGUGCCAGAAGCUUUGUAGUCUUUGAGAAAAGGGUAUGGAAAGCGACCGGGUCGAGGUCCGGAUGUGAAGCUGGCUUCAAAUACAAGCGGGGGACGACGGCGACCACGAAGUGAAGGAAAAUCUGCAAGUGCAUUUUGAAGUGAGAAGGCUGCCUGGUGGUUUGGGACACACCGUUUGCCUGCAGAGUCGAACUACAUUAAGCCUCAACACCAAAACCAUCAGUUAAGAAUCUGCAACAAAGAAAAUACUGAUGUCUAACGAGCAAGAACACCCCAGGAAGGCAGUUGGAUGGGCUGCAAGAGAUUCAUCUGGUGUUCUCUCUCCCUUCAGUUUCUCCAGAAGGGAAUCCGGAGAGAAAGACGUGACAUUCAAAGUGUUGUAUUGUGGGAUUUGCCAUUCGGACCUUCACAUGGUCAAGAAUGAAUGGGGCUUCUCUACCUAUCCUCUGGUUCCCGGGCAUGAGAUUGUCGGUGAAGUAACGGAAGUAGGGAGCAAUGUACAAAAAUUCAAAGUUGGAGACAAAGUCGGUGUUGGAUGCAUAGUUGGAGCUUGCCGAUCUUGUGAUAGUUGUACCGACCAUCUUGAGAACUACUGCCCCAAACAAAUACUCACGUACAGUGCCAAGUACUAUGACGGAACCACCACCUAUGGCGGUUACUCUGACAUUAUGGUUGCAGAUGAACACUUCGUACUCCGUAUCCCGGACAACCUACCCCUUGAUUGUGCUGCUCCUCUCCUAUGUGCCGGAAUCACAACCUACAGCCCGUUGAGAUAUUUUGGACUUGACAAGCCCGGCAUGCAUGUGGGUGUGGUUGGCCUAGGUGGUUUAGGCCACGUCGCUGUGAAGUUUGCCAAGGCAAUGGGAGUGAAGGUUACAGUGAUCAGUACGUCCCCUAAUAAGAAGGAGGAAGCAGUUAAACACCUAGGAGCUGAUUCGUUUUUGGUUAGUCGUGACCAAGAUCAAAUGCAGGCUGCCAUUGGUACCAUGGAUGGGAUCAUUGACACAGUUUCUGCACAACAUCCUCUCUUGCCUUUGAUUAGUUUGUUGAAGUCUCAUGGAAAGCUUGUCAUGGUUGGUGCACCAGAAAAGCCUCUUGAGCUUCCAGUUUUGCCUUUACUCAUGGGAAGGAAGAUGGUAGCUGGUAGCGGCAUUGGAGGUAUGAAGGAGACACAAGAGAUGAUCAAUUUUGCAGCCAAGCACAACAUAACAGCAGACAUCGAGGUUAUCCCAAUUGACUACUUGAACACUGCCAUGGAGCGCCUUGCCAAAGCAGACGUCAGAUACCGUUUUGUCAUUGACAUUGGAAACACACUGAAGGCUAGAUCUUAAAUUCUCCAAACCAGACUGUAUCAAUGAAGAAAUAAGAACAGAAGCCCAGACUGAUCUGGUGCCAUAAUCAUUGUUGUUCUUUCUACAGAACAUUUUUUGUUGUUCGCUAUAUUCAUUCUUUUUCUUUUAAACUCUCUUAUCCUCAUCACAUUAUAAGCAGAAUGUAAUGUAAUGAUUCGAAAUAAAUGAUUACAUGAAUAAUUUACUGCCUUC